ACAUAAGGAAAACUUUAUAGAAACCCAAACGCGAACGAAAUACAAACCCAGAAUUCCACCUUUUUUGAUUCACAAUUGAUAAGAUUGUUCAAAUCCAGAGCUGUAAACUUAGUUGUGUGCAUUAUUGAUCGAAAAAAAAGUUUCAUAUAUCAAAUCAAUAGUAGGACGAAAUCAUAAGCUGUAGAUGCAUGCGGCUGUAGACUUCGAUUGGUUGCUGCAAUUCACGGUGUCUGCUGCGGCGGAGACAGCGGCGGCGAUGGUGGCAAGGUUUCUCAAUUUCGUUCGGAGCACUUCGUCUUUAGUUUUGGCAGUUGCCUCCAAUAUCGGUUCUUCGCCGGAUCGCAGUAACGAAGGGAUGAUGGAGGCGGCAGUCGGCGGAGCCGCCAAGGUUGUUGACUGCUGCGCUUUUUGCGGCAUUACCAUGGGGAGACGCUUCGCCGGCGACGAGAUGGUUGAGUACUGCUCUGCAAGCUGUCAAAGUUCUCACUGGAACGUUGAGCGCGAGACAAAGUGCACUCGUACAAAAUCACCAUAUGCAUUGACGGGAAGGAAAGUUUCACUACUUUCUUCUGUUGAAAGUUCAGAGAUUAACGAGCAGUCAAAUGAGAUUUUGUUCCCAUACGAAGAAUUCAUAGAAUUUUUCAAUUGGGAGAAGCCAGGCUAUCCUCCUUGUGGACUUAUAAAUGGUGGAAACAGCUGCUUCGCUAAUGUGGUUCUUCAGUGUCUUACAUACACCCGUCCACUUGCUGCCUACAUCUUGGAGAAAGGCCACAAGCUAGAAUGUCGGAUGGAUAAAUGGUGCUUCCUGUGUGAUUUUCAAACUCAUGUGGAAAGGGCUAGCUGGAGUCAUACUGCAUUCAUUCCUAUUAACAUUCUUUCACGAUUGAAUUUUAUUGGUGGUAAUCUUGAGUGUGGGCAGCAGGAGGAUGCCCAUGAGUUCUUGAGGUUUGCAAUUGAUAAAAUGCAAUCUAUUUUCCUCGAUGAAUUUGGUGGAGAAAAGACUUCUCAUCCUAGGUAUCAAGAGACGAGCUUUGUCCAACAUAUAUUCGGAGGUUGCCUUCAGUCUCAGGUUAUAUGCAGCAAAUGCAAUAAUGUAUCAAACCGAUUUGAUCACAUGAUGGAUUUAACUGUUGAAAUCCAUGGGGAUGCUGAGUCUUUGGUGCAGUGUUUGGAUCAAUUCACUGCCGAAGAGUGGCUACACGGAGAUAAUAUGUAUAAAUGUGAUUGUUGCAGUGCUUAUGUCAUGGCACAGAAGCGCCUUGCUAUUCUACAGGCACCCAACAUUCUUACAAUUGCCUUAAAAAGAUUUCAGAGUGGAGGAUUUAAUAAACUUAACAAGAGGGUUACUUUCCCAGAGAAGCUGGAUCUUCGCUCUUAUAUGAGUGAAUUGGAAGAUGGGAAUGAUCUUUACAAGCUAUAUGCCGUAAUUGUUCAUGUGGACAUACACCAUAAUUUUGGCCACUACAUCUGCUAUGUUAAGGAUUUUGGUGGAAGUUGGUACAGGAUUGAUGAUGAUAAGGUUUCAACCGUGGGCUUGGAUGAGGUCCUUUCACAGGGAGCAUAUAUGCUCUUAUACAGCAGGAUUUGUGCUCGCCCAUCCUGCUUGCUUCCUGCUGCAUCGCUGAGAGAACGAGAAAACAAAAAACUAAAAAUGCAAACAGUAGACUCAGUCAACGACACAGCCUGUCGAUUCUGAAGUUGAGGCUGAUGGCAGGGUA